CCACACAGGGUUCAACAGCCAGGUACUGUGUGUGUGAGAGAGAGAGCAGGACGCUGGGAGGUUGGCAAGCAAGCCACAGAGACGGAGAUAUGAAGCGAGGGUGUGGACACACUGGAGCACGGGGGGUAGCGAAGAAGAAGAGGGUAGCAGUGUGGGUGCGGGCAUUGUCGACUAAUGUAUGCAUGCAUGCAUGCAUGUCUGCCUGCUUGUGAUGGGGGAGGGGGGGAGAGCGUGCAGCCAUUGCUUUCCAAGUGCUUCUGAAGGGGAACAGCAGGAGUAGCAGUAUCCAGGGGGGCGGGGAUGUGGGUGAGCAUCAUCCUAGCGAUUAGUUGUAGUGAACCAGGACGGUGGUGGACUAUGCCAGCAGAGUCGGGCGCCUUGUUGUGCAGUUGGGUUCUCUCUCUUUCCUCCCUCUCUCUCUCUCUCUCUCUCUCUCUCAUGGUGCGGGUGAAAGUCUGAAGCUGCGGUGCCACUUUGUGCUGUGGUGUGGAGCCUGGUGGGUGAGAUUUCAGAGCCUCUGUCACCACUGUCUCCACCACUGUCUCCAUGUCGCAGCAACUCCUUCUGUCGCUGAGACUGGCUGCAGAUUCUCCGAGGCGGGUGGAUGUGGAUAUGGCACACUCAUCAUGCAGGCCUAAACUUUCCCUUUCGCAAAAGAUGUACAAGGAAAGGGGCUUGCCGCAACCUUUACCUCUCUUCUCGCUUCUACCUCCUUUCCCUCUAUCUGUGUGAAUAUGGACAUUGAUUUCUAGGUCCUGUCUCUGAAUGUGCCCUUUUUCUUCCUCUGUGGAUACUUGCUAGUCCCUCCCUCUUGUUCCUGUUUUUCUUCCACCAAAAGUGUUUUUAUUGCCAGCGCAGCCCUUUUAAUCCUCGGAGGCUGGUUUGGCUCUGAAGUUACGGUCUUUGCUGUCCCCAGCUCGUUGUUUGGUGCUUGGAUUGCAUUUAGAAAUACCUAUAUGCAGUUCCCGUGGCUGAAUCUGUAUCCCUAAUCUUGUCGAGCUUAGUUCUUAUCGCCGCUAGGAUUUGCAAUUCUUUUUGUUACACUGUAAUUCAUCCUGGCGUUGCUGGAUUGUGCCUCGCCCUGCCACCCUUGGCUUGUGAAUGCAUUGCUGCGGGAAUACGGCGGAUGCUAUUCCGCAUCCAAUCUUGGAGCUCGCCACGUGAUUCACCUUGACUCGUGAACAUGGGUUGUGUAGGAUCGAAGGCAGUCAAAGGUUCAGAUAGACAUCAAAAGAAGGUAAAAAGGCCAAAGCCGUGGAAACACAUUGAGGCUAUUACUCGUACACAGUUGAAGCAGAUGAGAGACGAGUUUUGGGAUACAGCUCCUCACUAUGGCGGAAAAAAGGAAAUCUGGGAUGCUCUCAGAGCCGCCGCGGAAGCCGACAUUAAUCUGGCGCAAUUAAUUGUUGAUAGUGCCGGCAUUAUCGUUCAGUCUGAAGAUUUGUCUACGUGUUAUGAUGAAAGAGGUGCUAAGUAUGACUUGCCCAAGUAUGUAUUAAGCGAGCCAACAAACAUCAUCAAAGAGGACUAGCACACUGGUCCUGUUGCUCCUACAAGAACAUUUUGAACAGCGGCCGAUGGAUGCGUCUGUAAGGAGCCGCGCAAGUUCAAUACCAACAUGCUAUAUGUGUGCGAUUUCAACAAUUGGAAUCGAAUUGCCCAUUUGACUGCAUUGUUGUAGCAUAUCUUUGUGUAGAUACCUGUGGAGAGCUCGUAGCAUGUGAGCACUGUAUUAUUCUUCAGUCCAAUCUGUUCUGGUUGCAUACAACACGGUUAACUCGAUGUUUGUAGACAGGUUUACCCUCUACACUGCAUGAUGCAACCCCAUAAUGUUCAUAUUCCAUGGGGUUGAAGAUGUAGAGCUGCCACUCCAUCCUUGACUAAGGAAAUCGUGGCAGUAACCGUAGGGAGCUCCACUUGCGUCACUUGCGCCAUCCUUCCUUUUGUAUGAAAAUAGUUCUGCGGGAUAGUGAAGUUAGCUUUGGCGAAUUCCAGCCGUGUGUCCA